AUGUCACUGAGUGACCAUCCCAAGGCCUACGGCUCCGCAGCCGUGGCAUUGGCCUUCACAGCGGGCAUCCUCGUCACGCUCGGCUUCAAAGACUUGUAUCCCGACCUCGAAUACCGCUUCCAGCACACGCGCCGCUCCUCGCGAGCCCGUCCAGGCGACCGCCGGCGAAGCAGUUUCUUCCGGGGCCAACCUGUCAAGCUAGAGGACCGCGAAUCGCAACCAGCCCCGUCGCCGAGCCGCGGAGAGCCCGGUGUCGGUGCCGGCAUCGCAGCUUGCAUCGGCAACACGCCGCUCAUCGAGAUCGGGUCGCUGUCCAAGGCAACCGGCCGGGUCGUGCUCGCCAAGGCAGAAUUCCUCAACGGGGCCGGCAACAGCCCCAAGGACCGCGUGGCGCUGAAGAUGAUCCAGGAAGCCGAGGAGGCGGGCCUGCUCGUGCCUCACCGCGGCGACACCAUCUACGAGGGCACGGUCGGCAGCACGGGCAUCUCGCUGGCCACGCUGGCCCGCGCAAGGGGCUACAAGGCACACAUAUGCAUGCCCGACGACCAGGCGCUCGAGAAGUCGGACCUGCUGCACCACCUCGGCGCCGCCGUCGAGCGCGUUGCCGUCGCGCCCAUCACCAGCCCGGACCACUUUGUCAACCUGGCCCGGCGGCGGGCAGACGCCCACACGGCCAACUCGACCGACGGAAGCAGAGGCUUCUUCGCGAACCAGUUUGAGAGCGAGGCCAACUGGCGCGCGCACCUCGACACCACGGGGCCAGAAAUCUGGAGACAGACGGCCGGCCGUCUUGACGCCUUUGUUGCCGGCGCCGGGACCGGAGGCACCAUAGCCGGCGUGGCCCGGUACCUGAAGCUCGACGCCAAGGCGAGCGCCGUGAGGAUCGUGCUCGCGGACCCUCAGGGCAGCGGCUUGUUCAACAAGGUGAAGCACGGCGUCAUGUACUCGCACACGGAGAGGGAGGGCACCCGCCGGCGGCAGCAGGUCGAUUCCGUGGUGGAGGGAAUCGGCAUCAACCGCGUGACGGAGAACUUUGAAGCAGGCCGGGAUUUGAUUGACGACGCGGUCAAGGUGACGGACGAGCAGGCCCGCCGUAUGGCGAGGUGGUUGGUUGAGCAAGACGGCAUAUUCGUCGGGAGCAGCAGCAGCGUCAACUGCGUGGCCGCCGUGGUCGCGGCCAUGCGGCUGCCAGAGGGCAGCAGAGUAGUCACGAUGCUUUGUGAUUCCGGCACCAGACACCUGAGCAAGUUCUGGAAGAGCAUCAAGGACAUGGGACUCGAGGACGACGAGGCGUCGGAUCUGUUUGGCGAGCUGGGCAUCACGGGGCAGGAGAAAUGA